UGUGAAAUGACACAGCUGUACUGUAAAAACGCCCCAGCCCACAGACUGUGCUGCCAGAGGAACUUUAACUGUUAGAGAGCAGGAUUGCCCAAGACAUGGAGCGAGAACCGACGCGCAUAAGGGAAGGCUACUUGGUUAAGAAGGGCAGCAUGUUUAAUACCUGGAAGCCGAUGUGGGUCGUGCUCUUAGAAGAUGGAAUUGAAUUCUACAAAAGGAAGGCUGACAGCAGUCCCAAAGGGAUGAUCCCACUGAAAGGGAGUUCUAUAAAUAGCCCAUGCCAAGAUUUUGGCAGAAGAAUGUUUGUCUUCAAGCUCACUGCAGCCAAGCAGCAGGACCACUUCUUUCAAGCUGCCUACCUGGAGGAGAGAGAUGCCUGGGUGCGGGAUAUCAAGAAAGCAAUUCGCUGCAUAGAUGGGGGCCAAAGGUUUGCCAGAAAAUCCACAAGAAAAUCUAUCAGACUGCCUGAAACAAUCAACCUGAGUGCUUUGUACACCUCAAUGAAAGAUCCUGAAAAGGGAAUAAAAGAGUUGAAGCUGGAAAAAGAUAAAAGAGUGUACAAUCACUGCUUUACAGGCACCUGUGUGAUUGACUGGCUGGUGUCCAACAACUCUGUCAGAAACCGCAGAGAAGGUCUCCUGCUCGCCUCUUCCCUCCUGAGUGAAGGCUACCUCCAGCCUGCCGGGGAUACAUCCAAGGCUGCUGCUGAGGGGCUGUCAGACACCCCCUUCUUAGAUCUCAGUGAUGCCUACUAUUACUUUCCAGACAGUGGGUUUUUCUGCGAGGGAUAUUCCAGUGAUGAUGAUGUGGUCCUGAAAGAGGAAUUCAGAGGCACAAUUGUCAAACAAGGAUGUUUGCUGAAACAGGGACAUCGGAGGAAGAACUGGAAAGUGAGAAAGUUUGUUUUAAGAGAUGAUCCUGCAUAUCUUCACUACUAUGAUCCUGCUGGAGGAGAAGAACCACUGGGAGCAAUUCACUUGAGAGGCUGCGUGGUGACAGCAGUGGAAGAUAUGCCAGACACCAAGAAGUAUGAUGUUGACAACAUCCUCUUUGAAAUCAUCACAGCGAACGAAACCCACUAUUAUAUGCAAGCAGCCUCAUCCACAGAGCGUUCAGAGUGGAUCAAAGCAAUCCAGACAGUUGCUAGGACUGGAAAAUGAAGAUGACCUGCCAGUGGGAAGACAGACAACUAAAACUGGUUACUCAAAACAGAACAGGAAUUUCAGCAUUUCAGUGAGAGAAAGCAAUAUCAUCCAGAGAGGUGUUCUAAGGCUUGUGGGUUGGGGGUGAGGACAGGUAGAAAUUUUCAAUUCUACAGUGGGCACUAACAAACUAACAUUUUUCCACUUGUGUUAUGGUAAUAUUUCACUGAAUUAUAAAAUAGAACAUUAGUGUGUGCUGCUUAAUCAGCCUACCUUGAGAAGGUUGUACUAAGCAUCUUUCCCUGCUGCCACAGCUGAGAGUGAGAAUUUCACCAUUAACAGAGGACAGUCAUGUCACUGCCUCUCAGGAGCUCGACUAGUCACCCUCCAUUCAGCCUGUAUUGUGUUUCAGGAUUUUCAUGCAUUUCAAAUGCUUCCUCAGACAAGCUUUACACUUUCUCCCUUACCAGAUCUUUUUCCUGCUUGUUCACCUAUUCAAGUAAUGUCAUAGAUUAAGGGAAAGAAAUCAACUCACUUGGACACCUGAUCCACUCCUUUAUAAUCUGUCAGCAUUGAGGGAGGGAAGAAUACAAGCAACUAUGGAAUCACCGUGGGGAAAGCAAGUACAGCCCAAUGACAGCAGUAUGAGGAAAAGUCUCUUCCCACAAUAUUUCAAACAUGAAGCAAACUCACUUCAACUUCUUUAUCACCCAACUUUGCUCUUUGCUAAAUUUCUCCACAAGAAUCUGCAGUAGGACCAAUGUAUCCCUUUGUUUAGGUCUGCAAAGCAGUUGCUAAGGUGUCAUGUACUGUAUUAUGCUUGAAUUAAGAAUCUUCCAGGAAAAGGGAAACAAGCCAUGAACUGGUUACUUGAACUGCUGAUUGAAGUGGGUUUGACCAGCUUUUUAUUUUUUAACCUCCAGCAACAUACUCAGUCCUUGAUUCUGUACCUUGAGAGGAACCUUGUGCUUGCUGUAACUGAAAUCAAUGUUAUUAUUUGACAGGAUCAGGUUACCUGAUCUAUCCUUGUAUUUUUGUCUGACUGUAUAUCAAACAAACUUCUAAGUCUUAAACUCUAAGCAGGAGUUGAAAGUCAAGUUAAUGUCAGAUUUUGCAUGUAGACUGUUCCAAGUGCAACUUCAAAACUUCUAAACCUCCGUUUGCAGACCUAAUAAGGUACCUUAUCCUUAAAAAUUCUUAUUUGGAUCUCUCCAGUCUAAUAAUAAACCUGGAGCUAAAGUUUCUCUUCAAUUCUGCUUAAUCAUACCUGUAGCUGAGCUAAUGAGCCUGAAGCUCUGUUGCCUUGUGUUAUUUAUCCCAAAGAAAACACAGCCUUUCAGGGACAGCAGGCUGGGAGACAGUGGAUCAUCAUGUCCAUCUAAGACAACCGGUGGAAAUCAGCUUCUGGCAGGGAUUUCCUGUCGCUUAUGCACGUUGACAGGGUGGCUGAAGCCUGGUGUGUCCUUCUGAGGAAGGAAGACUCAUGGUGAAAAGAUACACUGCUUUUCCUGGCCUGCUUUCUUGAUAAUUGCUGCUUGUCACUGCCUAUUUCUGCUUUCAGAGCUCACUAACCCAAAAAUACCCAAGGGCACAGGAAAAUAGAAAAAACCCCACCCCUCACAAGCAAACAAC